AUGGUCGUGUUAAGAAGAAGAAAAUGGUGGUUUUGUGUCGGGGUUUUCCCCCUCGUAGUAGCCGUGGUGUGCGCACAAAGCGUCGGCGUGAAUGAUCCCAGCAAUAUGCCUUUGGUUAAAGAAACGGUGGAUAGGCUGCUGAACGGUUAUGAUAUACGACUGAGGCCAGAUUUCGGAGGUGCACCAGUGGGAGUGGGCAUGAAUAUUGACAUCGCCAGCAUAGACAUGGUGUCAGAAGUCAACAUGGACUACACGCUGACGAUGUACUUCCAGCAGGCCUGGCGAGAUAAGCGCUUGUCGUAUUCAGAGAUUCCCCUCAACCUGACCUUAGAUAACCGCGUGGCCGACCAACUGUGGGUGCCUGACACCUACUUCCUCAAUGACAAGAAGUCUUUCGUCCACGGUGUCACUGUGAAAAACAGAAUGAUCCGACUGCACCCGGAUGGUACUGUGCUGUAUGGGCUCAGGAUUACCACAACUGCUGCUUGUAUGAUGGACCUCAGACGGUAUCCACUGGAUGAGCAAAACUGCACAUUGGAGAUUGAGAGUUACGGUUACACAACAGACGACAUUGAGUUCUACUGGCGAGGAGGCAACAAUGCUGUGACAGGUGUGGACAAGAUUGAGCUGCCACAGUUCUCCAUUGUCGAUCACAAGCUCAUCUCCAAGAACGUCGUCUUCUCGACAGGCGCUUACCCUCGCCUGUCCUUAAGUUUUAAACUUAAGAGAAACAUUGGAUACUUCAUCCUUCAAACAUACAUGCCUUCAAUCCUGAUCACCAUCCUCUCCUGGGUCUCCUUUUGGAUCAACUACGACGCGUCUGCUGCCAGAGUAGCUCUAGGUAUUACCACCGUGCUGACCAUGACUACGAUCAACACCCAUCUGAGAGAAACCCUCCCCAAAAUCCCCUAUGUUAAAGCUAUUGACAUGUACCUGAUGGGGUGCUUCGUCUUUGUCUUUCUGGCCCUACUGGAGUACGCACUUGUCAACUACAUCUUCUUUGGACGGGGCCCCCAGCGUCAGAAGAGGGCCGCUGAGAAGAUGGCGACAGCCAACAAUGAGAAGAUGAGAAUGGAUCCAAACAAAUGGCUGGUGGGCAAUGUCGUUGGCCGAGAUGACACCUUGUACGCGAGGAUGAAACAAAGGGAUCUCGACGGUCACGACUCAAUGUGGGAACCAAUCUUUAUGGACGAUGCGGCUAUCGGACUCACUGACCAAAAGAACAAGCAGAUGGACCCACAUGAAAACAUCUUGCUGAGUACUUUAGAUAUCAAGAACGACAUGGGAAUUUCGGAGCUGGCUUUGGGUCUCAACGACCCACGAAACACUAUGCUAACGUACGACAGCUCCACCCUGCAGUACCGCAAAGCAGGGCUUGCCCGCCACAACUUUGGCCGAAACACGCUUGAGCGCCACAUGACUCAGAAGAAGAGUCGACUAAGGAGGCGCACCUCCCAGCUCAAGAUUAACAUUCCAGACUUGACUGACGUCAACUCCAUAGACAAGUGGUCACGGAUGAUCUUCCCAACUGUCUUUUCCUUUUUCAACAUUGUUUACUGGCUUUAUUACGUCAAUUAGGACACCAAACUUAAAAAAAAAGAAAAAAUGUUGCUUAAUUAUUUUUUGUAUUUUAUUUGUGCGUUAUUUUUGUGUCUCGUAACGGAUUGACAAAUAACACCUAGGACGGCAGUCAUCAUAUCUUUUAAUGCC